AUCUGCCGCUGCGGCGGCCGCCCGGGCUCGUCGCCUCCCCUCCUUCUGGCCGCUCCUCGCCGGUGAGAGAGGAGAAGGCGAGAAAGGAAGAUGGGGGCCGUCCUGAGGAGCCUCCUGGCCUGCAGUUUCUGUGUGCUGCUGAGAGCGGCCCCUUUGUUGCUUUAUGCAAACAGACGGGACUUGCGGUUGGUUGAUGCUACAAAUGGCAGAGAUAACGCUACGAUUGUAGUCGGAGGCUUGGAGGAUGCAGCUGCGGUGGACUUUGUGUUUGGUCAUGGCUGGUUGUACUGGAGUGAUGUAAGCGAAGAAGCCAUUAAACGAACAGAGUUUAACAAAACUGAGAGUGUGCAAAAUGUUGUUGUCUCCGGAUUAUUAUCCCCUGAUGGGAUAGCAUGUGAUUGGCUUGGAGAAAAAUUGUACUGGACAGAUUCUGAAAGUAAUCGGAUUGAAGUUUCUAAUUUAGAUGGCUCUUUGCGAAAAGUUUUAUAUUGGCAAGAGUUGGAUCAACCCAGAGCUAUUGCCUUAGAUCCUUCAAGUGGGUUCAUGUACUGGACAGACUGGGGUGAAGUGCCAAAGAUAGAGCGCGCUGGAAUGGAUGGUUCAACUCGCUUCGUUAUAAUAAACACUAACAUUUACUGGCCCAAUGGACUGACUGUAGAUUAUGAGGAACAGAAGCUUUAUUGGGCAGAUGCAAAACUUAAUUUCAUUCAUAAAGCAAAUGUGGAUGGAACAAAUCGGCAAGCAGUGGUUAAAGGUUCCCUUCCCCAUCCUUUUGCCUUGACGUUGUUUGAGGACACGCUGUACUGGACUGACUGGAAUACACAUUCCAUUUUGGCUUGCAACAAAUAUACUGGCGAGAGUCUGCGUGAAAUACAUUCUAACAUCUUCUCUCCCAUGGAUAUACAUGCGUUCAGCCAGCAGAGGCAGCCAAAUGCUACAAAUCCAUGUGGAAUUGAUAAUGGUGGUUGUUCCCACUUGUGUUUGAUGUCUCCAGUCAAGCCUUUUUAUCAGUGUGCUUGCCCAACUGGGGUCAAACUCCUUGAGAAUGGAAAAACCUGCAGAAAUGGUGCCACUGAAUUAUUGCUUUUAGCUCGAAGGACAGACUUGAGACGUAUUUCUUUGGAUACACCAGAUUUUACAGACAUCGUUCUGCAGUUAGAAGACAUCCGUCAUGCUAUUGCCAUAGAUUAUGAUCCUGUGGAAGGCUAUAUCUAUUGGACUGAUGAUGAAGUGAGAGCCAUACGCCGCACAUUCUUAGAUGGAUCAGGCAGUCAGUUUGUGGUCACUGCCCAGAUUGCACAUCCUGAUGGUAUUGCUGUUGACUGGGUUGCACGAAAUCUUUAUUGGACAGACACUGGCACUGAUCGGAUAGAAGUGACAAGGCUCAAUGGAACCAUGAGGAAGAUCUUGAUUUCAGAAGACCUAGAGGAACCUCGGGCUAUUGUAUUAGAUCCUGUGAUUGGGUAUAUGUAUUGGACUGACUGGGGAGAAAUCCCGAAAAUUGAACGAGCAGCUAUGGAUGGUUCUGACCGAGUUGUGUUGGUCAACACCUCACUUGGUUGGCCAAAUGGUUUAGCCUUGGAUUAUGAUGAGCACAAGAUAUACUGGGGAGAUGCCAAAACAGAUAAAAUUGAGGUUAUAAAUACUGAUGGUUCUGGAAGAAGAGUACUCGUGGAAGACAAAAUUCCUCACAUAUUUGGGUUUACUUUAUUGGGUGACUAUGUUUACUGGACUGACUGGCAGAGGCGGAGCAUUGAAAGAGUUCACAAACGGAGUGCAGAAAGGGAAAUCAUCAUAGAUCAGCUGCCUGACCUAAUGGGCCUAAAGGCCACAAACGUUCAUCGAAUCAUUGGUUCCAACCCCUGUGCUGAGGAAAAUGGGGGGUGUAGCCAUCUUUGCCUCUAUAGACCUCAGGGCCUGCGCUGUGCCUGCCCUAUUGGCUUUGAACUCAUCAGUGACAUGAAGACCUGUAUUGUCCCAGAGGCUUUCCUUUUGUUUUCUCGGAGAGCAGAUAUCAGGCGCAUUUCUUUGGAAACUAACAACAAUAAUGUGGCCAUCCCACUCACUGGUGUCAAGGAAGCAUCCGCUUUGGAUUUUGAUGUGACAGACAACCGAAUUUACUGGACUGAUAUAUCACUCAAGACCAUCAGCAGAGCCUUUAUGAACGGCAGUGCACUGGAACAUGUGGUAGAAUUUGGCUUAGAUUAUCCAGAAGGUAUGGCAGUAGACUGGCUUGGGAAGAAUUUGUACUGGGCAGACACAGGAACAAAUCGAAUUGAAGUGUCAAAGUUGGAUGGACAGCACCGACAAGUUUUGGUGUGGAAAGACCUAGAUAGCCCCAGAGCUCUUGCGUUGGACCCUGCUGAAGGAUUUAUGUAUUGGACUGAAUGGGGUGGAAAACCUAAGAUAGACAGAGCUUCUAUGGAUGGAAGUGAACGCACUACAUUAGUUCCAAAUGUGGGGCGAGCAAAUGGCCUAACAAUUGAUUAUACUAAAAGAAGGCUCUAUUGGACAGACCUGGAUACCAACUUAAUAGAAUCUUCAAAUAUGCUUGGACUCAACCGUGAAGUUAUAGCAGAUGAUUUGCCUCAUCCAUUUGGCUUAACUCAGUACCAGGAUUACAUCUACUGGACGGACUGGAGCCGACGCAGCAUCGAGCGUGCCAACAAAACUAGUGGCCAAAACCGCACCGUCAUUCAGGGCCAUUUGGAUUAUGUGAUGGACAUCCUUGUCUUUCACUCCUCUCGGCAGGCAGGAUGGAAUGAGUGUGCCUCCAGCAAUGGGCACUGCUCCCAUCUCUGCUUGGCAGUCCCAGUUGGAGGUUUUGUUUGUGGAUGUCCAGCCCACUACUCUCUUAAUACUGACAACAGAACUUGCAGUGCUCCUACCACUUUCCUGCUCUUCAGUCAAAAGAGUGCCAUCAACCGGAUGGUGAUUGAUGAACAACAGAGUCCUGACAUCAUCCUUCCUAUCCAUAGCCUUCGAAAUGUCCGGGCCAUUGACUAUGACCCACUGGAUAAGCAACUCUAUUGGAUUGACUCACGACAAAACAUGAUCAGAAAAGCCCAAGAAGAUGGCAGCCAGGGCUUUACUGUGGUUGUAAGCUCAGUUCCCAAUCAAAACCUAGAAAUAUUACAGCCGUAUGAUCUCAGCAUUGAUAUUUAUAGCCGUUACAUCUACUGGACAUGUGAGGCCACCAACGUCAUUAAUGUAACAAGAUUAGAUGGCAGAUCAAUUGGAGUGGUUUUAAAAGGAGAUCAGGACAGACCUCGAGCCAUUGUGGUAAACCCAGAGAAAGGCUAUAUGUAUUUUACCAAUCUUCAGGAAAGGUCUCCUAAAAUUGAGCGGGCUGCUUUGGAUGGAACAGAACGAGAGGUCCUCUUUUUCAGUGGCUUAAGUAAGCCAAUUGCUUUAGCCCUUGAUAGCAGAUUGGGCAAGCUCUUUUGGGCUGAUUCAGAUCUCCGGCGAAUUGAAAGCAGUGAUCUCUCAGGUGCCAACCGGAUAGUUGUAGAAGACUCCAAUAUCUUGCAGCCUGUGGGACUGACUGUGUUUGAAAAUUGGUUAUAUUGGAUUGAUAAGCAGCAACAGAUGAUUGAAAAAAUUGACAUGACAGGUCGAGAGGGUAGAACCAAAGUCCAGGCUCGAAUUGCCCAGCUUAGUGACAUUCAUGCAGUCAAGGAGCUGAACCUUCAAGAAUUUAGACAACAUCCUUGUACUCAAGAUAAUGGUGGCUGUUCACAUAUUUGCCUUGUAAAAGGGGAUGGUACUACAAGAUGCUCCUGUCCCAUGCACCUGGUUCUGCUUCAAGAUGAGCUAUCAUGUGGAGAACCUCCAACGUGCUCUCCUCAGCAGUUUACUUGUUUCACGGGGGAAAUUGACUGUAUCCCUGUGGCGUGGCGGUGUGAUGGCUUUACUGAAUGUGAAGACCACAGUGAUGAGCUCAAUUGUCCUGUAUGCUCAGAAUCUCAGUUCCAGUGUGCCAGUGGACAGUGUAUUGAAGGUGCCCUCCGAUGCAACGGAGAUGCAAACUGCCAGGAUAAAUCAGAUGAGAAGAACUGUGAAGUGCUUUGUUUAAUUGAUCAGUUUCGCUGCGCCAAUGGUCAGUGUAUUGGAAAGCACAAGAAAUGUGAUCAUAAUGUGGAUUGCGGUGACAAAUCAGAUGAACUGGAUUGUUAUCCAACGGAGGAGCCAGCACCACAGCCCACCAAUACAGUUGGAUCAGUUAUUGGAGUAAUUGUCACCAUUUUUGUGUCUGGAACCAUAUAUUUCAUCUGCCAGAGGAUGUUGUGUCCACGUAUGAAAGGAGACGGUGAAACCAUGACUAAUGACUAUGUAGUUCACGGGCCAGCCUCUGUGCCACUUGGUUACGUGCCACACCCAAGCUCUCUGUCUGCUUCUCUUCCAGGAAUGUCCCGAGGUAAAUCAAUGAUCAGCUCCCUCAGUAUCAUGGGUGGAAGCAGUGGACCCCCCUAUGACCGCGCUCAUGUCACAGGAGCAUCCUCGAGUAGUUCUUCAAGCACCAAGGGCACUUACUUCCCUGCAAUUUUGAACCCCCCACCGUCCCCAGCCACAGAGCGGUCACAUUACACAAUGGAGUUUGGUUAUUCUUCAAACAGUCCUUCCACUCACAGGUCAUACAGCUACAGGCCAUACAGUUACCGGCACUUUGCACCUCCCACGACACCUUGCAGCACAGAUGUUUGUGACAGUGACUAUGCUCCGAGCCGGAGAAUGACCUCAGUAGCAACAGCCAAGGGUUACACGAGUGACCUGAACUAUGACUCAGAGCCUGUGCCCCCGCCUCCCACACCUCGCAGUCAGUACUUGUCAGCAGAAGAGAACUGUGAAAGCUGCCCACCUUCUCCUUACACCGAGAGGAGCUACUCUCAUCACCUCUACCCACCGCCACCCUCGCCCUGUACAGACUCCUCCUGAGGAGGGGCCCUCCUCCUCUGACUGUCUCCAACACAAAAAUGUAAAUACAGAUUUGGUUGAGAUCUGGAGGGGGGGAGGGAGCUACCGUAGAAAGGGGAGGCAGACUGUGUACAGUUAAAAAUUAUAAAAUGGGGUAGGGAAUACUGGAGAUAUUUGUACAGAAGAAAAGGAUAUUUAUAUAUUUUCUUAAAAACAGCAAAUUUGCUGCUUGUGCCAUAAAAAUUUGUAUAAAAAAUAAAUUUGUACUAAAAGUUUUAUUUUUGCAAGCUAAAUACACAAAGCAUGCCUUAAACCCAGUGAAGUGACUGAGUACAACGGAAACAGGAAUGGUAAAGGCAUCCCUGACUAGGAAUGCCUAGGUUUUAUCGAUACCAAAAAGAAGAUGAAGGCCGUGUCAGAGCAACAGACGUUACAGGUGCUUGGUCGUGGCCAAAUAGCCUUCAUGCUGUUGAAGGCUUCGCCCAGGAAAGGGGGGGGCGGGCAUGAAGGGAUUUGUUUUCUCGUCCUAGAGAAAUCCAAUCAUUUUAGUCAGGAAAAUAGAGAUAUUUAUGAAAAUCCAUUUUGAGUGUUGCCAUUGUAGGUGAGAUCGGCUGUGUGGUAAGACCCUGUGGAGCUGCUCGUGAGAGGCUUCUGUCUUUGCCGUCGGGCCCACACCCCUGUCCAAAUUGUAGUCCUCUCUCGACUUGCUGCACCUUGAGGCCUCCCUGAGCAGCUCUAGGCAGUUUAGCCGAGUUGUCCCAUUGUUUUAAUCUGAGGAAUUUCCAAAAUUAAGAUUUGAUUUCCAUGACUUUGCACACUCCAUUCAUCAAUAGGCUUAGCUCUUCAGUUUGAUUGUUGCUCCAUAUAGAUCCAAAGUUAGACCUACUAUUGCUCCUCUAUGUCUAAGAUUAUUUUAAUUAAUGCUCAUUAAAAUUAUUUUUGACAGCGUAUAGACAGUUUAAGAAUUACAAAUUUAACUAUUAUUGUUUUUGUUGUAAUCAUAUGUCCUUGCAGCACUUUCAGCAUAUAAUAUCACAAUACAAUUUUUUUGUUUUGUUUUGUAGUUUUCCUAGUAAAACAUUUAAAUAUGUUCUGGCUAGAGAGCAUCUAUUUAAAAGGAGGGCUUUUGAUAUCAUUAGAAGAUGUUCUCUUUUCUGUAUUAACCGUUUGCCAUUUGUAUGUUCUUUAGCCAGUUUUGCUCAGAAUGAUGUCUACAUACAUACCUCUUCUAAUAUGUGACAUGAAUUUAAUAUCUUCCUGAUACCCACUGUGAAUGUUAGAUUGUGUUCAAAUUAUCCACCAAUGGAUCUUAUAAUCACCUUUGGUACAUUUUUAUAUGUGUUGUCCCUCUCUCAUUAUGGGUUAAGAUGACUUAAUAAACUGAGAAAAGUGGAUUAAAUGAGAAGGCAGACUGUUAACGUCUCAGAUGUCAGAACUCGAGUGGAGGGAAAUAAUGGAGAUCUCUGGUGUGAUCGGUCUAGUGAGGUACUGGGGCCGCUCUGUCUUCAGCUAUCAGAGCUGACCUGUGGAAUAAUCCUAGCUCUGCUCUGCUGCCUCGCCAGAGUUCAGUUCUGCUGCUUUUUAGAUGCUUUCAGUGGAAAAGGAAUGUGCUGUUAAACUGUGUUUUCCCUUUGUAGGUAUUAGUUGGCAUCCAGUGAUUGCCCUCCCACCCCUCACCCCCACCCUCAUUUUGUCUCGCUGAGGCCUCGCUGGGUUUUAGGGCCCAAGAGAAAACAAUACUAGAAAGGAUUUAGAAUUUUGGCAGGGCUAAAGUAACUUUUAAGCAAUUUAAUAUUAUCUACAGCAACUUUUUUAAGGGAAACCAUGUGGUUUCAGAAUAAUGCCCACAUUGUUGGGACAGCUUAUCUGACUCCGGUGUACUUGCUCUGGACAAAGGGUAGUCCAUCAGUCUUGCAUUUCAGUCAGAUGAGCACGGACUGUUGAUGGAGCAGUGCUCAUGCUAAGACGGCGUGGACAUGGUACCUGCAUUGUGACACCUGGGGACAGGUGGUUCUUAGGCAAAGAUGGAAAGGUCAGCAAUAACGGGGUCUCAAUUAGAAUUUGAGAAUUCUGUGUUUACAUUUUUUUAAAUGUGCAUCUUUAUCUGGUGGGCUUCCCAUAAGGAAACUUGCACUCUAAUGAACUAAGAAGAACAUUGCCUUGGUACAUCUCAGUCCAAGUGCUGGUACUGUGAUGGCUGUGGCCUCUCCGUGCAAAAUACUAGUCUGUGUGCCAAUUUGUUUGAAAUUGCCUGAGGGCACUUCAGCUUAACCAGCGUAUCCUCUUUCAGGAGUGGGUGAGUUGAAUCCUUAUUAAUGGAGCAUUGAUAAAUCCAGGAGAGCGUUACCACCUCCUGCCAUACGGACAGCUAAGCCUAAGUAAACCACAUCUUGUGAUUAAAUUCAAAAGCUUUAAUUCAAAGACCGAGGUGAGAAAAUGAGCAUUCAAAAGCACAACUUGAGGGAAAACAAAAGGAAACGGCUACUUUUAAUUUGGUAUGUUGCUAGAUUCUUUAUCUAAGGGGGAAAUAAGUGACACUCCACUAGAUUCCUAAAAUACAAAAGUAUGUGUGUCUUCAAGAUGCCUACCUACUGCUGUGGCUACGAUGAUGUGAGGACUGAGCUAUAGUAGAGCGAGCAUACUUUCCCUUCUGUGCAGAAGCAGUGUUUUUAACUUAGACUUUCAGAGUUGUCUCCUGUAUGCACUAUCCCAAGGGUUUUGCUGCUUAAAUCAGAUAGUGGCAAAUUCCCAGGAUUAAAACAGUUAAUGGACAGAAUUUUCUCAGCAUUAAUUUUUCUUCCAUGAAAUUUUAUUAUACCUUUGGCACUUACUGCCACUCAGCUACGCUUAACAUAUCAUGAUAAAAUCAAGGAGACACAUUGAUCUCCUAAAAACUGUAGUUGUUUUCAUUUUAAUAUAAAAAUUCUUCAGAAAUCAGAACCUUUCGUGAGACUUGAGGACAACUAUUUUAGAGGCUAUAUUUAGAAAUGAAGACUUUAAAGUACAUUUCCAUCGAAUAUAGACCAGCAAUGUGGGGGACUUUUAGCAGUAAAACUUUAGGAUGAUUGAGGUUUGUAUUUGUUCAUCAUUUUAACAUAUCUUAAAAUCGGUGUCUUUGUGGAUGGCCAGCUCAUAGACUAUUAAGAUGCAGAAAUAGCCAUCAUUAAUUUCAGAAUCUAAAAACUAGGGGUCUGCUUUGAGGGGAAAACAGUUUUUUUGUUGUUUUACCAUACAAAGUCCAUACAAGGUAGCGUUUCUAGCUACCGCUUACCAACUAGCCUUUUGAAGAUACCUAUAUAUGUAUGUAUUUGGUGACCUGGUAGAAUAAUUAUGGUAGAGGAGGCGAUUGACCCGUUUCUAGAGGAUGGUUCUUUUUGGACGUUGACUUUUUGCUAUGGAAAACGUGCCACUUCAUUGAUUUGUGUGCCAUGGAGUCGCAUCUUGGUGACCAUGACCGAUCUAACAGGAUUCUUAUCCAGAAAUCUUGAACUUUUCUCACCUCAAUAUGCUGUGCUUUUGACGUGGACAGUCUGUGCUCAGGACAGUCUGAUGUCACAUCAGGUAUGUCUAGAGUGUGCAUAUGAGUGAGUGAGUACCUAUGGAUCGGUUGGCAGACAAAUUGUUGGGCAUCCACAAAUGGUUGUAGACUUAAGUUUAGACGUGAACUGAGUCCUAAAGAGAUUUGUAAUCAUGUUGUUUAGAACAUAUGAUCAGACUUCUUAAACUCAAGAAGAAAUUUAAUUUUACUUGGCAUUCUUUGCCUAUCCCAGCACCUAGAGUGAGCCAUGAUAUAUAGCGAUGAGUUUAAAAGCACUGUGUGACUCUGGGAUUGGCAUCAUUUAUAACAGUCUCAAAUUUUUCAGCUUUUGGAAAAUUUUAGAACAGAGGACUCUGAACCUGAACCCUAAAUUUAAGAUUCAUAUUCAUUAAAGUUAAUUUUGAGCAUCAUGAGUCCUGGUCCUCAGAUUAUUUUUGUCUGACUUGAUUCUGAUAACAUUUCAUUGAGAAUAUACUUAGAGAAUGAAGUUCAUUAGAAAUAAAUUACUGGCCUUAAUCUGCAAUCCAAGUAAACUUCGAGGUAAAAAUUUUAAGCCAUUCUUAACGCCUAUUGAUGAAAAAUCCAUAUGAUUUUACAGACAGAAGUAUCAAUCGAGUAGUACCCUGUACUCAGAAGUGAAAUGUAGACCUAACAUAGACUAGCUUUUGGAUUUCCCAUCAUCUCUGGAAGAGUUCACCCCAGGCAAACACCAAAGAAUUAUAGGUUUCCUUUUGCUUAGUUGUCCACUCUUGUAUUUUUUAAAACAAAUUUAAUCAGAGAGGAGGGAUCUAUAUACAUAUACACAUAUGUAUAAUGAGGGAAAUUCAAAGAAUGUAAUUUCCCCUACAAUCUGUGUGUGUAUACAUCCAUCCAUACAUCCAUACAUACACUAAAAGGAAAUCAACUGUUAGGUACCUGGGUUGAGGAAAGGAAAUUUAAGAGAGUAAGAGGGUACUAAGAUGCUUAAGCUGACGAACCUUAUAUUUGCAAGUGAAGGAUUUGGUGCUGCUUUUGGAUGUUUAUUCUUUGUGUUUUAUUAUUAUUUUUCCUAAGCUUUAAUCUUUGUCGUUGUCUUAAAGUCAGCUGGUGUUUCUUGUUCAUCGACUUUGGUACGAUGGUGCUUUGCAAGGAUGUAUUUAUAUUAUCAUGGCCAACAUUUGGUCAGCCCUUGUCCACUGUUCACUUCCCUCUUUUUGUAAAAUAAGUGCUUUAAUUGUAAACUGUAUAAACAUACUUUGUAUAAAUUCCCUUUUGAUUAUUGCAAUAAGCUGAGUUGUAACAAAUGAAAUGUUGAUUUUUAUAAUAAAACAGUGGAAAAAUAAAA